AUGACGAGCCGCCCCUCUAAGACCCAUCACAGCCUCCUGACAGGAGCAGCCACAUCCUCACCUGCACCAGGUAACUCCUCUCUCACACCUUCUCCCCACUACAACGCUGAGCAACACAGUCUCCUCACAGGGGAUCCGCCCUCCUUCAAUGAACAACACUCCCUACCCUCCUCUGCCCUCCCGCGUUCUGUCAUGAAACCCACCGUGUCUCCGAACUUUAACCGACGCAAGCUUGAAUAUACUUCUCUUAGAGGAAAAGAUUUAGCACCCUUCCAAUUCAUACGCCACGGAUUCAACUAUGCCUCACUUAGAAUGGGGGCUAAUGUUGGGGCUCCAGGUGGCCCUCUGGUAAGUGCUGCGGGUCGAACCAACUUGACGGUUUCAGGUGCCAACGCGGCGAUUUCUGGUGGACAUGGAGGGUACUCAGGAGCUGCGACAAUGGCCCCAGCGAGUGGAAGCAACUUUUCGCGAAUGACAGCUGAGAGGAGGACAAUUCAUGCUGGAGUGGGACAUCAGAUACCCUCCUCUGCAAUGGAAGACUUCGAUCCCACCUCGAGCAUCGCGGCAAGAAAUGUGGGACUUUCAGAAGUGGGCAAUUCCGGAAACAACUCGGGAGGUGGUGCUAUGAAUUUCUUCAAGGGACUAACUCAGAAAAUUGGUCGAGGGUAA